GGGAAGGAGGAGAAGCAGAAGUUGCCGCGCCCCGAAGGUUGCUCGGACGGAUCCCAACGCCGGAGUAGGUUUGGUGCUAUCGACUGCCUUUGCAAGACAUGGCCUCUUCGCAAUAAAAUUCUGGAUUCUACAUUGUACCAACAUGGGGGCUACCUUGCCAAUUUUACCCAUGGCAGCAUUUUGUCCCAAACUAUUAAACAGCUUUGGGGGCGUGCUGAUUAGAACAGAACAGCCAUGUUUCGGAACAGUCUCAAGAUGCUUCUUACGGGUGGAAAAUCAAACCGCAAAAACAGAUCCAGUGAUGGAGGAAGCGAGGAACCACCAGACCGAAGACAGGCAAGCAUAGAUUACUGUCAUAGCCAUUCUGGACAAGGUGGCAGCUCCACAGAGAACGACUGUGCUUUUGAACAAGAGUAUGCUAUCCCAACACUCCCAGUCCCCGAAGGUAUGCAGCACAUUCGGAUUAUGGAAGGCAUGUCCCGCUCUCUCCCAUCCUCCCCAUUACUAACACAUCAGUCUAUCAGUGUUCGGCUCCAGCCCAUGAAGAAAUUAACUGCUCCACUAAGAAAGGCAAAAUUUGUUGAGAGCCCUCGAAUCCCAGAAUCUGAGCUUGGCUCACCAACUCUCACUUCAGCACCAAAACUGGACCUUGAUGCCUACUGCCCUGGUGAAGCUGAGCAGGAGCUGGGACCCCCUCCAUCGGUAGAUGAGGCAGCAAAUACACUCAUGACUCGCCUGGGCUUCCUCCUGGGAGAGAAAGUCACCGAGGUGCAGGCAGGACAUCAGUACAGCAUGGAAGUUGAAGAAGACAAUCAGACCUCAGCAGUAUCCCAGCGAAUAAGUCCGUGUUCCACACUGACCAGUAGUACUGCUUCACCACCUGCCAGCAGUCCCUGCUCUACCCUCCCUCAAACUAGUACCAAGGAUGUCAUGGCGAAGGACUGCAGUUAUGGAGCUGUCACCAGCCCCACUUCUACACUUGAAAGCAGAGACAGUGGCAUCAUAGCAACACUGACAAGCUAUUCCGAAAAUAUGGAUCGUGCCAAGUAUGGAGGGGAAAGCAGUAAAGAAUUAGGAUCUGGAGGAAACCUGAAACCUUGGCAGUCUCAAAAAUCUAGCAUAGACUCUUGUUUAUAUCGAGUAGAUGAAAACAUGACAGCCUCUACAUACAGUUUAAAUAAGAUCCCUGAAAGGAACCUAGAGACAGUUUUAUCACAAUCAGUACAAUCCAUUCCACUCUACCUUAUGCCACGGCCAAACUCUGUAGCAGCCACUAGUUCAGCCCACUUAGAAGAUCUAGCUUAUUUAGAUGAGCAGCGACAUGCUCCCCUACGCACAUCUCUCCGGAUGCCUCGCCAGAGCAUGGGUGGUGCUCGUACACAACAGGACCUAAGAGUACGUUUUGCACCUUACAGACCUCCCGAUAUCUCCCUGAAACCAUUGCUUUUUGAAGUGCCCAGCAUCACCACAGAAUCUGUAUUUGUGGGCCGGGACUGGGUGUUUCAGGAGAUUGAUGUGCAAUUGCAGAGUGCUGAUGCCAGCGUGAACAGAGGUGUGGUGAUAGUUGGAAAUAUUGGCUUUGGAAAGACAGCAAUCAUAUCCAGACUGGUAGCGCUGAGCUGUCAUGGCACACGCAUGAGGCAGAUUGCCUCGGACAGUCCCCAUGCCUCCCCAAAACAUGUUGAUGCCAACCGAGAGCUUCCCCUCACUCAACAACCUUCUGCUCACUCCUCCAUCACCAGUGGGAGCUGCCCUGGAACCCCAGAAAUGCGCAGACGCCAGGAAGAGGCUAUGCGAAGGCUUGCUGCACAGGUUGUUGCUUAUCAUUACUGCCAAGCUGAUAAUGCCUACACUUGUCUUGUGCCAGAAUUUGUGCACAAUGUGGCAGCCUUACUCUGCCGCUCGCCCCAGUUUGUCGCCUACAGAGAGCAGCUGUUGCGGGAACCCCAUCUUCAGAGCAUGCUUAGCUUGCGAUCCUGUGUUCAGGAUCCCCUGGCUUCUUUCCGGAGGGGAGUUCUGGAGCCCCUGGAAAAUCUUCAUAAAGAGAGGAAGAUCCCAAAUGAAGAUUUCUUCAUAUUGAUCGAUGGCUUAAAUGAAGCUGAAUUUCACAAACCUGAUUACGGGGAUACAAUAGUAUCAUUCCUCAGCAAAAUGAUAGGCAAAUUUCCAUCCUGGCUGAAACUGAUUGUGACAGUUAGAACAAGUCUACAGGAAAUAAUUAAGUUAUUGCCCUUCCAUAGGAUAUUUCUGGACAAACUAGAAGAGAAUGAAGCUAUAGAUCAGGAUCUCCAAGCCUACAUCCUACACCGAAUACACAGCAGCUCUGAGAUACAGAAUAACAUCUCUCUUAAUGGCAAAAUGGACAACACGACUUUUGGCAAACUCAGUUCUCAUCUUAAAACCUUGAGUCAAGGAUCCUACCUGUACCUUAAGCUCACAUUUGAUCUCAUAGAAAAGGGCUAUCUGGUGUUAAAAAGCUCCAGCUAUAAGGUAGUUCCUGUCUCCCUUUCAGAGGUGUACCUACUACAAUGCAAUAUGAAGUUCCCAACACAGUCUUCCUUUGACCGGGUAAUGCCUCUCCUGAACGUGGCAGUGGCAUCUCUGCACCCCUUGACCGAUGAGCAUAUUUUUCAGGCCAUCAAUGCAGGGAAUGUUGAAGGUACCUUGGAGUGGGAGGACUUUCAGCAGAGGAUGGAGAACCUCUCCAUGUUUCUUAUCAAGCGCAGAGAUAUGACGCGGAUGUUUGUCCAUCCAUCUUUUCGAGAGUGGCUGAUCUGGCGAGAAGAAGGAGAAAAAACCAAGUUCCUCUGUGACCCUAGGAGUGGCCACACAUUGCUCGCCUUCUGGUUUUCCCGUCAAGAAGGAAAACUCAACAGACAGCAGACUAUUGAGUUGGGCCAUCAUAUUCUCAAAGCACACAUCUUUAAGGGGCUGAGUAAAAAAGUUGGCGUUUCUUCCUCAAUUCUCCAAGGGCUUUGGAUUUCCUACAGCUCAGAAGGUCUUUCCAUGGCACUGGCCUCUCUGCGGAACUUGUACACUCCCAACAUAAAGGUCAGUCGGCUGUUGAUCUUGGGAGGUGCCAACAUCAAUUACAGGACUGAAGUGCUGAACAAUGCCCCAAUUUUGUGCGUCCAGUCUCACCUUGGUUACACCGAGAUGGUAGCUUUGCUGUUGGAGUUUGGAGCAAAUGUUGAUGCCUCUUCUGAAAGUGGCCUGACUUCUCUCGGAUAUGCUGCUGCUGCCGGCUAUCUAAGCAUUGUUGCACUCUUGUGCAAGAAACGAGCCAAGGUGGAUCACUUGGACAAGAACGGCCAGUGUGCAUUGGUACAUGCAGCUCUCAGGGGCCACCUGGAGGUUGUCAAGUUCUUGAUCCAGUGUGACUGGACAAUGGCCGGGCAACAGCAGGGGGUGUUCAAGAAGAGCCAGGCCAUCCAGCAGGCGCUCAUUGCUGCUGCCAGCAUGGGAUACACUGAGAUUGUCUCCUACCUGCUUGAUCUCCCAGAAAAAGAUGAGGAAGAGGUAGAACGAGCUCAGAUCAACAGUUUUGACAGUCUUUGGGGAGAGACAGCCUUGACUGCUGCAGCUGGACGAGGCAAGCUGGAUGUUUGUCGUUUGCUUCUUGAACAGGGAGCAGCUGUUGCUCAGCCCAACCGACGUGGGGUCGUUCCCUUAUUCAGCGCCGUUAGACAAGGUCAUUGGCAGAUUGUUGAUCUCUUGCUCACCCAUGGUGCAGAUGUUAACAUGGCAGAUAAACAAGGUCGGACUCCAUUGAUGAUGGCAGCUUCGGAGGGACAUUUAAGCACAGUAGAGUUCUUACUGGCACAAGGCUCCUCCAUUUCAUUAAUGGACAAAGAAGGACUGACUGCCCUCAGCUGGGCUUGCCUAAAGGGACACCUUUCCGUAGUGCGAGCUUUAGUGGAGAGUGGAGCUGCUACAGAUCAUGCUGACAAAAAUGGCCGCACUCCGUUGGAUCUAGCUGCUUUUUAUGGUGAUGCAGAGGUGGUUCAGUUUCUGGUGGACCAUGGCGCCAUGAUUGAGCACGUGGACUACAGUGGGAUGCGCCCCCUCGACAGGGCUGUGGGUUGCCGCAAUACUUCUGUUGUAGUCACCCUCUUGAAGAAAGGAGCCAAGAUAGGUCCAGCAACCUGGGCGAUGGCCACCUCCAAGCCAGACAUCAUGGUCAUCCUGUUGAGCAAGCUGAUGGAGGAGGGGGACAUGUUUUACAAGAAAGGGAAAGUAAAGGAGGCUGCCCAGCGCUACCAGUAUGCUUUGAAGAAGUUCCCCAGAGAAGGGUUUGGAGAGGACCUGAAAACUUUCCGGGAGCUGAAAGUGUCGCUCCUUCUCAACCUCUCCCGAUGUCGGAGGAAAAUGAAUGAUUUUGGAAUGGCGGAGGAAUUUGCUACUAAAGCACUGGAGCUGAAACCGAAAUCUUAUGAAGCUUACUAUGCAAGAGCAAGGGCCAAACGCAGCAGCAGACAGUUUUCAGCAGCACUGGAGGACCUGAACGAGGCCAUCAAGCUUUGUCCGAACAACCGUGAGAUCCAGCGGCUGCUCAUGAGGGUGGAAGAAGAGUGCAGACAGACCCAGGUGCAGCUACAGCAGCAACCUCUUGUAGUAUCUGAACCCGAAACACAUCAUGAAGAGUUGUACGAAGCGCAAGACAUCUUGGAAGAGGAGUAUCUUGAGCAAGAGGUCGAAAACCUUUCUGUUGGCCUGCAGACGGAGUCUCGGCCCAGCCAAACACUGCCCAUCAUCCAGAGCCCACCUUCUUCUCCUGCCCACCGGGACUCUGCCUACAUCUCCAGCUCACCACUUGGUUCACAUCAGGUGUUUGACUUCAGAUCCAAUAGUUCUGUGGGAUCACCAACAAGACAGGGAUAUCAGCCUACUUCUCCAGCACUCUCCCCAACACACCAGAAUUCCCACUAUAGGCAUAGCCCACCACAUACAUCUCCUGCUCACCAGGCCUCCUCUUACCGUUUUAGCCCCCCUCCAGUUGGUAGUCAAGGGAAAGAAUAUCAGAGCCCACCUCCUUCACCUCUCCGCAGAGGCCCUCACUAUCGGGCCAGCCCUCCUGCAGAUAGCAUGAGUGUCUACAGGGCUCAGUCUGGCUCACCAGUGCGCUAUCAGCAGGAACCCAGCAUGAGUCAACUUCCCAGCCGGCCAAAGUCUCCACUCUCUAAAAUGACGCAGAGGUCUUUCCAGAUGCUUCCACUACCUGUUGCAGUGCCACAGCAAGGGCUUAGGUUGCAGCCUGCCAAGGCACAGAUCGUCAGAAGCAACCAGCCAAGUUCAGCUGUGCACUGCAGUACUGUGAUCCCAACAGGCACUUAUGGCCAAGUAGCCCACUCAGUGGCCAGCAAGUACCAGUCUGCAUCAACAGAAAUGGCUGUUGGCCAAAGUCGACUGAUCUACCAGAGCUCCAUUGGGGGGAUUGGGGGGGAUGGGCGGCCAGUGCAGCAUGUUCAAGCCAGUCACAGUGCAGGAGCAAUCUGCCAGCAUGGCGGGCUGGCUAAAGAGGAUCUUCCACAAAGACCUUCCUCUGCCUACCGUGGUGGGAUGAGAUAUAGUCAAACCCCACAGAUUGGGCGCAGCCAGUCAGCUUCCUAUUAUCCAGUCUGCCAUGCAAAGCUUGAUCUGGAACGUUCCUCCCUGCCCUCUAGCCAACUUGGUUCCCCUGACAUCUCUCAUUUGAUACGAAGGCCCAUUACGGUAAACCCCAAUGAAAUAAAGCCUCAUCCGCCAACUCCGAGGCCUCUGCUUCAUUCUCAAAGCGUUGGCCUUAGAUUUUCUCCUUCUAGCAAUAGCAUCUCAUCCACUCCCAAUUUGAACCCCCCAUUCCGCCCUUCUGCUUCGAUUCAGCAGAUGGAGAUUCCCCUCAAGCCAGCCUAUGACAGAUCAUGUGAUGAGCUUUCCCCAGUCUCUCCAACACAGGGCAGUUACCCCAGUGAGCCUGCCCGCUCCAGGACCACGCCUUUCAUGGGAAUCAUAGAUAAAACAGCCCGGACUCAGCAGUAUCCUCAUCUACACCAACAGAACAGAACAUGGGCUGUGUCUUCAGUGGAUACUGUCAUAAGCCCCACGUCUCCUGGAAAUAUUCCUCAGCCAGAAACAUUCAGCCCACCUUCCUCAAUCAGCAGCAUUGCCUUUUAUAACAAAACCAACAAUGCACAGAACGGCCACUUGCUGGAGGACGACUACUACAGCCCACAUGGGAUGUUGGCCAAUGGCUCCCGAGGAGACCUCUUGGAGAGAGUUAGCCAAACCUCGUCAUAUCCCGAUGUCAAGGUGGCCAGGACACUGCCUGUUGCGCAGGCAUAUCAGGACAACCUCUAUAGGCAACUUUCCAGAGACUCCAGGCAAGGACAGACAUCCCCUAUCAAACCAAAGAGACCAUUUGUGGAGUCUAAUGUGUGAAAUGGAUGUGUCUUGGAGUAAGAGCCUAGUGUUUUCAGCACACUUUUCCCAGCUGAAUUCCCACAUUACAUUGCUAUUUUUCUUCCUUCCUUUUUGAAAAUGUCAUUCUCCAACAGACCGCCACCAAGGGUUUUCUUGUCAUUUCUGUGUGAUGACAAGGCAGUCCAAGACAUGCUCCAGACCCUUUGCUACACACAGCUGACCUCAGAUAAAGCCAGCACUGUAAAUGUUUUCAGCUGUCAGUUAGCUUAGUACAUAGUGUUGGGGCUGACCCGGGAAGAUUCUAUAUACACUCAAGGGAGGUAACCAGCUCUUUGAUGAAAAUGUUGAUUUCAAAACCUAAUUGAUAUGAAUACAGGCUUUAAAAACUCCUCCAGAGUACUGAACCUUUUUGCUUGGAAAUUGCACUCUUCGGUCAGCACAGCGCUGUUCACAUUAUUUCAUUGUGUCCAAAGAGCUUGUAACCUGCACAGAAUGGGGCUUUUAUUUUGUUUUUAAUAUUAAUGAGGAGCUAUGCAUAAAACCCAUCCUGCUUUUAUCUGGUGUAAUAGGAUUGUACAUUAGUCUCAAAUAUUCAUCAUUAUGAAUUUUUUUAACAUUCUUGCAUGCCAGUCUAUUGGUGUGGACUACCACGGGUAACAUUGCUUUGAAAGGCAUGCUCCAAAAGAUACUGGUUUGAUUUUCUCUGAGGCAUUUUAAACAAAUAUUCAGGGAGAAAUCAAAGUUCUCUACACUUUAGCCAGUCAGUGGACAGCUACCUCGAUCUGUAUAUUGGACUUCUAGUCCAUUGUCUGGUGGGCUUGUCCUCUUGAUGGGAUGGCUUCUUAUUGACUCCGCCUCCACGUAUUGCUCCCAUAUUAACAAAGUUCAGUAAAAACUCUGGGAUGUCCCAGUGCUCUAAAGCAGCCUUUCCCAACCUUGGGUCCCCAGAGGCUGUUGGAUUUCAACUCUUGGCAUCCCUGACCAUCAGCCAUGCUUGCUGGGGAUGUUGAGGGUUGUGGUCCAACAACAUCUGGGUACUAUUUCCAGGGAGUAGCCAUGUUAGUCUACUGCAACAAACAUUGUUGUGGCACUUUUAAACUAACAAAUUUAUUAUGGUAUAAGCUUUCAUGGGCCAUAGCCCACAUCCUGCAUCUGAUGAAGAGAGCUAUAGUCUAUGACAGCUUAUGCUGGAACAAAUGUAUUAGUCUUCAGUGUGCCACAAGACUCUCUGUAAAAUUUGUACAGACACUCCCAUAGUGGCAGUCCAUGUCCUCAUCCUAGAGUCAAAAUUCGUGCUCUCGUAGCAAUGUUUCCUGGAGUAGAGAUGCCUCAGGGCAUCUGGGCAUUCCUUUCCUGCAGACACUUUUGGAAUGCAACACUUUAUUUCACCCUUCUUCACUGGUUGUGGCACAUUAUAAUUUUGAUUAUCUAGUUCAAGAAUGGACAGAAGGUAGAUCUCCAGAUUUUUUAGACUUCAACUCCCAGAAGUCCAGGAGCACUGGUAUGGCCCGGGGUCUGAAUCAAUUUCCCAGGGGCACAGAUCUAUUCCUCAGAGCCCUAAGCCUCCAUUGGUGCCAAUGGAAAGUUAAUGACCAUGCAAGAAACAUUUUUAAGGCAGGUUGCAGGUGGGGAGGGAAGGGUUAGCCCUCCUCUCCCCACAUGCUGCAAUCCUAAGCGUAAUUACUAGGUGUUCUUUCCUAAGCGUAAUUACUGGGGGUGGGGGCAAGAUUGGGCACUGAACCUUUUACAUGCCUAGCAUUGCCCCUGCAGAAACUCUUGCCAGGGAGUUGAAGUCCAAAACAUCUGAAGAUCUACCUUCUGCUUACCCCUGAUCUAGGUUAAUAUGAGAUUUAAAACAUGUGCUGAUGGUGUUAGACACUGGUCUGCUUUUCCAGGCCAAAUGCAGAAGGCAGAACGACUGAUUAAGGAAGCGUGGGAAAAGAGCAGUUAUUGACAAAAAGGCAGGGGGCAGGAAAGGGUUAUUCCUGGGUAGCAAGGACAUUAUACAAAUGUUCUCAAAAUCUGUGCCAUUUUAGGUCAGCUCACGAAGGGUUGACUUGACACCACUGGGGAAUGGGUAGAAAGACUAAUCUGUGAAAGUAUAGAGGAUACCAGAGAGCAUCAGAGGGUGUCCCCAUGACCUUGAAGUUGGCAGAAACACAAAGCAGUGCAAAUUACACUCUGCCCUUUCUGCGUUAUGAUCAGACAAGGGAUAAAACUGUUUUACUGCUCCCUGUAAAUUAAGCAGGGAUGUUUCUCUCCACACCAUGAUUACACCAGGAUUGGAUAGCUAAUCUCUUGGCCCCAGCUGAAAUGGCAGUUCUUCCUUUUUUGGUACGGUGGUUUCUGAAGCAAAGGCCAUCCAGCCUCCUCCGAAUUACCCUUUGCUACAUGAUUUACUUUCAAUGUAUACCUACUUUUUGUUGCGUACUGUCAUGAGCUGUUGCCUAUAAACAGAAGAAUGAUAGAAAGUGUAUUAUUUCUAUUAAAUUGCAAGGUUUGAACCUUCAAAAUCAGGUUAGUAGGUCCCAUACUUGGAAGCGUUACAGUUACUUCUUGCUUUAAGGUCUUCUAUCUCAGAAAGACAAGAUUAAUAUAACAGUUUCAGGAAAUGUUUUGGCUGGUUCUCUUAAUAUGAGUUGCCACAAUUGUUUGAGUCUGAAAAAAUUGAACGUUUCCAAGUGUUUGUUUUACUUUGCUUUCGGUCCUUCAUUAGAACUCCUUUUGUAUAUUUUUUCCAGCUCUUAAUUGAUUGCAUUGCAAAAUGUAUUUUGGUGUAAUAGAAAACAAAACAUUUAAUGGGAGAGGAGUGGCAUUAUUCUACUAUGGGUGUGCUAAGGCAUGUUAGUGUCCAACAAGUUCAGACAUUUGCAGGUACUUCUUUUCAAGAAGGGGUGCAUGUUUCAGUGUUAUUUUAACUUAAUUGUUGAAAGUAACACCCAUGUUCCCUCUUUUCUUAUGAUAAGUGCAUGAGAGAGAGAGAGAGA